UAUGGCCUUUUUCAUAAAUGUGCACUUUUGCAGAAGACCCUUAUCUGGAAUGCAAACAUAUUUGAAAAUGUAAUAAAUAACUAGAUAUACAUAAGAUUAAAGUGAAAUUUAUUUAUGAAUUACAUCCACUGUAGUGGUACAUGGACCUAGAACAUAAAACCCUAAUUCCUCUGUGAGAGGAAAACACAUGGAUUUACUGAGAGAAAACUCUGAAUCAGAGGAUUUAUUUAAGGUAGAAGAGCCACAGCCUCGGUUCAAGGAAUGGCCAGACGGACAAUGGACAAGGAGAGAUGGAAGGAGAAGAGGAAAAGUGAAAGUACUGGGCUGAGUGAGGGGGUUAACAAGCUGAGUGCCAACUGGAUAUCGAGGAUUCUGGCAAACUCCAACCUCUCUGGCGUUUCUAAGGGAGCUACAGUGCAGAAGCAGAACUUACUGGAAGCUCGUCACUGCAUUGAGAGGAUGAUACUGCUAGUAGUGGAUCGCAAAACCCAGUUUACAGCAUUCAGCAGACAAGACAAGACAAGACAAGACAAGACAAGACAAGUGGAUAUCUUUUUGAUAAAACUCACCGAGUUGGUUAGCGAAGGCUAACCAAUUGAGGAUCACAUGGCCUCAUCGGAGAGGACGGGUACCAGAAGCAGUUCAGUUACCAUGGCAACAGACUCUAUUGGAACUGAUCCGGACCUGCGGGUUCUGUGUAACAGAGUGAAGGUCCUGGAGCAGAGAGCAGGUUCAACCAUCCAGUCUGACAGCUAACUGAGGAACAGGAUCAGAGAGUUAGUGAGGUCAGAGAGGAGCGUGCUGCUACAGCCCUAUCAAGCCUCUGCCUCCACCCUCCCCAGCAUGCAACACUCCCAGAGGCUUGACCAAAGACUCCACAUGCUCAGGGAGGAGGUCAGGACCAUGACUCAGGAGAAGGAGCGAGGGGAGCAGGUAUGGAGGGAGCGACUGCAGCGCUGUCAGAGGCAGCUGAAGGCCAAAGAGGAGGAGAUGAGUCGCCAGUCCCAGUACUUUGAGAACUUUAAAACCCAACUCCAACACAAGCUCAGCCUGGCCCGGGACAGAGAGCAGAGCCUACAGAACCGAAUCUACGCUUUAGAAAAGCAGCUGCUUGACAUGACUGUGAGUGCCGCCACUGGAAUGGCAACAAUCAGUGCAGUCAGAAUUACUGCUGGGACCGUAACACACUGGGUUGAGCAAGAGAGGCUAACUUCUAUGAGAGGAGAGGGUGAAGGAGAAGAGGAGAGAAAGGAGGAGAGGAGGAAACAAUGUCAGCCAAGUGUUGGAAUGGAAAGAGAAGGAGGGCGAGAGGGGGAUGAGGGAAAGACGGAGAAAGAAAGAGAAGGAGGAAGAAAUAAAGAAACAAAACAGAGCUCAAAUGAAGCCAGGCUGCAAGUCUUCAUCCUGAGCCUGCAGGAGGACCUCAGGGUGCUGCUGGAGAGAGAGGAGGAUGGGAUGACAGAGAGGAGAGGACUGAUGGAGCAGCUCCAAGAGGCCCAGGAGAACAGCCAAUUCCUGGGCAGCAAAGUGGAGGAGAUGAAGGCAGAGGUGCACCAGCUGAAGCUGUCUGAAAGCUCCUUGAUGGAGGAGGUUGAAGAGCUGAGAGACGAGAAUCACAGAUUUCAACAGAUCCUCAGGGAAGCUGCAAACCAAACACCAAGUCAGCCUUCCAAGGUCCCUGAGUCCGCCUGCCCGAGUCCUGGGACGAGCUCGCCCAGCUGCAGCCUUGCUGUUUGUCCUGGGCCCUCCGACACUCAGUCAUAUAUCACCGCCAUGGGACAUUCCUCAGUGGGAAACUCAGAGGUCCAGCCAACCUUGAAUGGGAGAAUAGACCAGUCAGAUUCAUCUGCAGUUCUGCGUCUCCAUCACCAGGGCACAGCAGAGAGCGCACAUAACAACACAGAGGAUCACUCAGGCCCUGUGAACCUCUUUGCUCACAGUGGCUCCAAACAAAACCUCAGCUUUCAGUCACCCUCCUUCACUACAGAGACAAUAGAUGAGUUUAAACUGGGGACCUGGUGCUCCAGAGGGCUGUUAAAUCUGGAGGAGAGCCCCAGUGAGGAAUCUGAUGCCCUGAGGGAAGCAUAUAGGAGCUUGGGGUUAGGGCAAGAUUUUGAGGCUCUUCGAGAACAACGUGACCACCUGGAGGCCGCCCUGCAGCACACACAGGAACAGCUGGAGGUGGUGGGUCAGGAGAAUACUCAACUGAAAUUACAACUCAGGAAACAGGCGGAGGAACCAGAAGGAGCACAGGGGUCUCCAAGAGAAAAGAUUGGCACACCAUCCACCCGUGGUGGAGCUGACCAUCUCCAGUCCUCUCCUACCCGAGAUAACACCAUUCUCGCCCUCGCCCAGGAUGAUCUUGUUCAGGGCCUGAAUCAGGAGAACCGGGCGCUGGCGGACCGGAUCCAGGAGCUGCUGGCUCACAUUGAGCUCAGAGAGGAGGACAUCAAGAUGGAGCGAACACAGCUGAGGGAGCAUACCUUCAGGUUAGAGGAGGACAGAGCCAGGCACGAGCAGGAGAACCAGGAGCAAGGGUGUUUGAUCACAGAGCUCACCAGGAAGACUGAGGAUGAUCUCAACACCAUCAUGGAGCUGCAGCAAAAAUUAGAAGAGAGUGGAGAGCAGAUCAACCAAGACGCAUCUGUGGACAGUUUAGUGGAAAGUGUGCUAAAAGGGAAAGAAGAACCACAGUUGAUGUCAAGUCAACAACCAGAUGAUUUGUCUACAGCUUCAUCACAUGCAUCUGAACAUUACAAUUACCACGAUCCACUGCAGAGCAGCCCACAAAACACUUUGCAUGUUAGUUCACUGACUGGUCAAGUGGACCACCUGAUCAAGACAGUCCAGAGCCUCAAAACAGAACAAGACGAACUGACAGGCAACAUAAAUUCUCUCAGACAGCAGCAAGGAGAAGUAGCUCUGUCAGUCCAAACACAGACAGAAGAGAAACAGCAGUUAACUCGGACAGUUUGGGGACUGAAGGAGGAGAAAGACCGCAUCUCUCAAUGUUUGGCUGGUCUCAAACAAGAGAGACAGCAGCUUACCCGGACAGUCUGUGGGCUGAAAGAUGAGAGAGAUCACUUUAUUAGGUCUAUGAGUGACCUGAAAGAAGAGAAAGAGCAGCUAAUAAAGUCUUUAUCUGGUCUUGAAAGAGAAAAAGAGGCAUUGACAGAAUCUCUAUCAAGCGGAAAAGAGGAGAGAGAUCGAAUCAUGCGGUCCCUGCAAAGUUUACAGACAGAGAGUGAACAGUUACGCCGGGCAGUGCUCACUUUGAAACAGGAGCGAGAAGAAGUAACCAUUUCCUUUAAGAGUCUGAAAGAACAGAGAGACCGAGAGCAAUCAUCUUACACUUUACAAGAUGACCGUGACAAGUUGAUUAAGUCAGUUGGCAGUCUGAGAGAAGAAAAAGAGGGAGUUGAAAAUUCAAUCACUUGCUUGAAACAGGAGGAAAAGCAGAUAAUGUUUAUAAUUCAGGGCCUAAGAGAGGAAAGAAGCAGUUUCCAAUCUACUCUCCCCAGCCAAACGCAAACAGAGGAGAGGCAGCAACUGUUGAAUCCAAACAGUGCUGGUUCGACAAAGAAGACAGAGACUCUUGUUGGGACAGGGGAUUUUGCUGCACAAAGAUGUCAGACUAAUAACUACAAAGGAAUCUCUGUACAGCAGGAGCAAAGUGACCGGAUGAGGGAGAUUGAAGCUUUGGGAGCACAACUACAGGAGUCACGAGAGCAACUGGACAAGAGCCACGAAGAAACAAAGAAGUUGUACAGUGAAUUGAGUCAGUCAGAAGCCAGGAGAGAGGAGGCAGAGAGGAAGGCAGCAGAUGCAGCUGAAAAGGUGAUGAGACUGACUGAUGUAGCCAGUCAGAUGGAAGAAACCAGGAGGGAAAAUGAGAUCCUCACCGUCCAGGUGAAGGAGCUAAAGGGCAAACUGACAGGCCUGGUCAGGGAGAAGACUGAUGCUCUGUCACUGAAGACACAGAUAGAGGAGCAAUACAACAUCCUCACAGCUCAGCUCAAAGCUAAGACGGUGGCGCUUGAGGAGCUGAACUCUGAGUAUAUCGCUCUAAAACGAGGACAGGGCAGCAAGGAUGAUCUGAGCACUGCUCUCAUGUCACUCCGGACACGUUACAACGACAUCAGAGCCAAGUAUGAUGCACUCCUGAAAAAGAAGAGCCAGACAGAUCUGGAUGUAGCUCCUUUAAAGGCCAAGCUGUCGUGCCUGGUAGUGAAGUGUCAGGAGAGGAACAACCUCUUAGUUCAGAUGUUGAAAGCCAUUCACAGACAAGGGUGCGUAGACUCCAUGCUCACACAGCAGGUCGAGCAGCUGCUCAGUGACACUGCUCUGCAGGAAUACACAGCAGCAUUCACACCAGGAAGCGUCGUAAAGACUGGGGAUUACAGCGCCGGGUUUACACCGAGAUUUAUUUCAAAGUUUCAAGACUACUCCAGUGGAUUUAAAGCUGAUCAGACCUGCGCUGCUGCGUCCACACCUGCACAGGAGCAACACCAAAAUGGAUUCACUUCUGAAUCUGGAGUGAAAUGCAGAGACUUUAAAAGUGAGAAACACAUUUCUAUAGCCACGACUGAGUCAAAUCUUCAAGACGGUAGGAGUGAAGUCUCAGCUGCACCAACAGGAACGCUCAAGAAAAAUGCCAACUCACCUGUGCCAACCGCACCGGUGCAAGAGAAUGCCAGUGUCGCAGCGACACCUGUUCUUCCAGCUCUGAAAGAUAACUUGAUCACCAACAAAGCACAGCUGUCUGCCUCGGCCAGUCGACCAAUCCAAGCAAUCAAUGGUCCAGAGAAAUGUGGAUUUCAUCAUCCCGAUGUGAAAGGAAAGUCUUCCCCAGAUCUGAUGAGUUCAGCUGGAUCCUCACUGAGUCCUAUUCCUCCAUCCUCCAGCAAACACGUCGGUCCGAGCAGGAGGCUGAGUAGUCCUGAGAAGAUCAUCAACCUGCAUGAGCAACUGCAGAAGACUCUGAUGAGCAGCUAUCAGAAGGCUCCAGUGAGCAGAGGAAGAGGACAUGAGCCCAGGAAAAGUCUCUCAUUUUCAGCUCCGGCAGAUCUGAACCUGGCCUCUCAGACAAACAAGCAGAGCCUCAGUUUCUAUAAACCACAUUCCAACUCUCUCCCAGCCACCACUGCUUCAAGCCAGCCUCACCACUCUCCUGUAGUAACACCUAAACCUGCUGCCACGAAUAAGUCAACAACACUUUUUAAUGCAGUUGCCUCCAGAUCUGCUAAUGUUACAUUUAACCCCAACAUCUUUACUUACCAACAUUUAAAAGCAGAUGUAUCUAAAACUACAGCGUCUGCUCUUUCUAGCUCAUCCAACUGCCCUUUUGCUGCUAUGGCUCCUAAUGAAGCCAAAUCCACCUCAAACAGUGGCACUAAAAUGACAAUAUCCCCAAAAGUGACAAAGCAAGUCACCACUAUCGCCAGCGUAUCUGAUGCAAGACAUACAGCUUCAACUCCUUUAACUCUGAGGACCACUACCUAUGACUCUAAUGUCUUAAUAUGUUCUGACACUAAUUCAAAGACCUCUGCCUCAGACAUGACUGCCCCUGGCAAAUCAACUGCCCCCAACUUUAAUAUUUCUAAUGGUGCUGCCCCUCCAUAUGAUGGACUUGUAUUCACUGCAUCUGGGACUCAAUCAGCUCAUCGCUCUCCUGAGAGAUCCAACAAGUCUGCCAGAAGGACCACUGCUGCCCAAGAUAAGACAAAGACAAUAAGACCGGGACCAGGUAACACACACAUUACACAAGACACCAAAGUAAAACACGCCAUUGCUUAAAGUCCUGGUGGAAGAAAUUCUUGUUUUUGUAAAAAGUUGGAAAUGCCUUUAUUGAUAUGACAAAAAACUACUCUCACUGAAAGUUUGCACACUGUCCAACACACUUUCUACCUAAUAUUGUAUUAGUUUGGUUGCAUAUUCCUGCGUUGUGAUGGCACCCAUCCUUGAUACGGGCCAUUCUCUCUUUUUAUCUCUUCUAUUGGAGAAAAUGCUGUAUCGCAUUCUGACAGUUUGCUGUUGUUGCUUAUUGCCAACAUAACACACUGCAGUAAAUGAAUAUAAGCUUUUGUUGAAUUGCUUGAAUUCAUUAGCGAGUUCUUCAUCUGCAUGCACUGUGUCUUGUUGUGUUUGUUUAUUGUGUUAGAAUUUUAGGAAUAACAUGUGCAUCAUUAAAGUAGCCAUAUAACAAAGAAAAAAAAAUGGAAGUGGUAAACUGGUUAUUUAGGCAACAUUGCAUAUGCUGCAUGUACAGCAUGAACAACCAGGUAAAGCAUCUCCUUAUUGUGCUUCACCUUUCUUUCUUCUUU